AUGUUGGAUGGUUGUAACAAGUUCCAUCAAUCUCUUAUCCUAAACUUAUUGCACACAGGUGAUAUUCAUGGACAAUACACAGAUCUUUUAAGGUUAUUUGAAUAUGGAGGAUUUCCCCCAGAGGCAAACUACUUGUUUCUGGGUGACUAUGUGGACAGAGGAAAGCAAUCCUUGGAAACCAUCUGUCUUUUGUUAGCAUACAAGAUCAAAUAUCCAGAAAAUUUCUUUCUGUUGCGUGGAAACCAUGAGUGUGCAAGCAUUAACAGAAUUUAUGGCUUUUAUGAUGAAUGCAAGCGACGAUAUAACAUCAAACUCUGGAAAACAUUCACAGACUGCUUUAAUUGUUUACCAAUUGCUGCUAUAGUUGAUGAAAAGAUCUUCUGUUGUCAUGGAGGUCUCUCACCAGAUUUACAGUCAAUGGAACAGAUUAGAAGAAUCAUGAGGCCUACAGAUGUUCCAGACACAGGCCUCCUUUGUGACCUGUUGUGGUCAGAUCCAGAUAAAGACACAAAUGGCUGGGGCGAAAAUGAUAGAGGUGUUUCUUUCACAUUUGGAGCUGAUGUUGUCAGCAAGUUCUUAAACCGCCAUGACUUAGAUCUUAUAUGCAGAGCGCAUCAGGUGGUGGAAGAUGGUUAUGAAUUUUUUGCCAAACGGCAGCUGGUCACGUUGUUCUCGGCACCUAAUUACUGUGGAGAGUUUGACAAUGCAGGUGGAAUGAUGAGUGUGGAUGAAACUCUAAUGUGUUCUUUCCAGAUUUUGAAGCCGUCAGAGAAGAAAGCAAAGUACCAAUAUGGUGGAUUAAACUCUGGCCGGCCAGUAACUCCUCCAAGAGGUCCUCAGAAAGCAAAAGGAAAGAAACUUUGUGACCUGUUGUGGUCAGAUCCAGAUAAAGACACAAAUGGCUGGGGCGAAAAUGAUAGAGGUGUUUCUUUCACAUUUGGAGCUGAUGUUGUCAGCAAGUUCUUAAACCGCCAUGACUUAGAUCUUAUAUGCAGAGCGCAUCAGGUGGUGGAAGAUGGUUAUGAAUUUUUUGCCAAACGGCAGCUGGUCACGUUGUUCUCGGCACCUAAUUACUGUGGAGAGUUUGACAAUGCAGGUGGAAUGAUGAGUGUGGAUGAAACUCUAAUGUGUUCUUUCCAGAUUUUAAAGCCGUCAGAGAAGAAAGCAAAGUACCAAUAUGGUGGAUUAAACUCUGGCCGGCCAGUAACUCCUCCAAGAGGUCCUCAGAAAGCAAAAGGAAAGAAAUAGGCAGUGGAUUACUUUAAGAACCAAACCUGGCUAUUGUACCAAGUUGGUACAACAUAUUUGAUAUAUAUGUAACCCAUUGUUUGUGAUGCAUUUUGUCUUUACAAAAGAUCAAAUCCUCCUUGGUGUUAAAAUAUUUUUGUUUUCUUUAACAAGGAGACUGCUCUUCUGUGGUAUCAAAGAUACCACCAUUUACCCAUGGCAAUGUUCCUUGAAUAAUGUCUUACUUUCAGUAAGAACAAACUGCGCAACAUGAAAACUUUUGUAUGCUCUGAGUUCUUUGUGCCUAGAAUUAUUUAUGUGGAAAUCUAUAGGUUAUGUCUGACUUUUUUUUCAAAUGACCUUUUUAAAAAUUCAAGUGAACAUAUAUACUGUCGCUGUUUGAGCAAGUUUUGUGCAUCGCAAAGUUUUACAAUGUACGUAGCACAUUUUACUGCACUUUGUAUUUUAUCCACUGCUAGCUAAAUUUAGAGUUAAACAAUGGUUAUAUCCUUAGAAUGAAGUCAACUGUUGUAAAAAGAUAGCCAGUCAAGUUCUAGCCCUCUGCCUCACUAUCAUUGGCUGUUUAUCUUUUUAAAUUCAAGAAGAUAGUCUCACGUUACUCUGCCAGUGUUUGGAUAUUUCCAGUGAAGUAACAGUUUUGUUUUGUAGUCAUUUUAGAUUGUGGACCCAACGAGGGUUCAUAAUAAUUGAACUUAAAUUAUAACAUGUUUUCAAAACCUACCCUCAAAUAUCAGGGUGCAAAGUUAAGAAAGCGGACAAUUUAGAUGACAGUAUGAUGUAAAAUUGACUAGUUGUAGCCUGCAGUGAAGAAAAUGAGAGAACACAGUUUGCUCAAAUGGGUGAGUGAACGUCAAACAACCCUCACCCUCGAAAGGAUGAGAUAAAUGUACAUGGAUGUUGCCCCUAGACAUGAAAUAGAAAAUAGCACUGUCAAUAGAGAUUAUUGUUUAUAACUGCAUUAAGUUUACUUUGAAGAAGAGAUUACUGAUGUGUGAAAGAUAUUAAUGUUAGUUGUGUGUUACGCAAGUCUGGAUGUUUUCAGCUGGAGACAAGAGUGCAUGCUGUUAUAAUUUGCAACUGUCAAUUCUCGGCUGAGCUAAUAAUCAAUAUAAUUUCAUUGAUAUCUUUAUUUUCUAAAACAAAUAAAAUUAUUGUUAGAGUAAGUUUAAUCUUUAUGCUCAACCCUUAAACAUAUUAGUUUUAUAGUCAUUAUUAAGUUACUUUAAGGUGUAUAAUCUAACAGCAAAAUGCUUUGAUUGUCAAUAGUGUAAGAGUUACCAAGAUCAAACACCAUGUCACAGAAUAAUAUAGGGUACUCAUGUUAUGUUCACCCUUCGAGUGCAUCUAUUCCAUUUCCUUAACAAAGUACACAAAACAGCAUGUACAUGUAUGGUGCUAUUUUCCAUUCAUAUCACUUAGAGGUCAGUUGAAAGGAGUGUGAAUUGGGUGGAACGUUAUAAAUGAUUUAUUUUGUUGUCCAGUUUGUGUGAUUCUAGAAGAUCUUGAAGGCAAUUUAUAGAAAGUUUGUACAUGGCAUACUUUAACCUCCUAUGCAUACUCUCUUCUGACAUUGUACAAUGGUCUAUGGCAUUUUGCCUCCAAGGGAUGAUUGUGCUGCAUGUCAAAGAGUGACUGCACAAGAGGCUGGGCAUACUUGAGCUUGAGACUCAUUCUUGUCUUUUUCAUGUCAACCAGUAUAUAAUAUUGUUUUUUGUAGAUCCAACCAGAAGAUAAUGCUGGUAACAAUAAAAUUCUAACUUGUGAACUAGUAA